CUUGGGUUGUGUUGGAUUGCGCGCAGCAGGGUGAAGUUGCACCUGCAGUACUAGGAUCCACUGAGACGCCGACGACGAGCGAAGAGAGGCAAGACGCUUGUGAUGGGAUCCAGAGCGCGUUGGGAUUCCCGACCGCUGGGAAAGACAUGUUCGAGGGUAUCUCACCUGUCGCAUCCCUGAAAGUCAAACUUUUAUCCUUUCUCACAGAAAAACCGAUGGAACGACUUAAGAGAUUGGUGGAUACCGUCACAGAGUCAGCAUUCCGUCCGCGCGGCGUUGCGAUGAGACCUGACGGAAUAGCCGCCUGGAAAGUAGCGCUCAACGGCGAACUGGGAGAAGUACACGCGGAACUCGGACACUAUUUUUCAACAGAUUCCACAACGACUGCAUAUGCUGGCCGUUCCAGUCUCUUCAUGGACGCUUGGCCGUUGAUUCCCUUGAGACCCAGCGUUUUUACCGGAAUGGACCUACUACUCAAAGGACUAGGGUGGGCGAGAGGUGAACCGGCUCGCCGUCGCGUGACCCAUCCCUCCGGUGCGAGGGGAUCCAAACACUCUUACCAGGAUGACAUAACCACGCCGAGUGCUCUCGCAAGACUCCUAGUAGAGCGCUAUAAACAGCGGAUGAAAGAAGGAAUCAAAGUGGCUGCCUUUUUUUUCAAUGGGCCUGCCUGGACUGCGGAUUGGUCAAAGGGAAGGCUCCUACCCACGUCGAAAAAGUCCUUUGUAUACGGCUACGGUGUAGUGCGGAAAGAGAUCGCUGCUGUACGGGAAUUGAGUAAAGAACACGGGAUUCCGCUCCGCGAAGACGGAGACUGGCCUUUGGAACUGACAGAGUGGGACCACCAUGAAGAUGUUCAUCUGUUGCGCAGGGAAGAUCAAGAACAUAUUAGUGCCUCUGCUUCUACUUCCGAGCAUGCUUCAUCUGGGUCGUACGCGGCAGGUGUUAGUGAAGAGAGCCCCUUGAAGAUGCUUCAAGACGGUUUGCAGCUGAUCUUUCCGUCGCAAAAGUUAUUCCGAAAGUUUGCAGAUGUAGAUGAAGAGAAAGAACGUAGUGAGAAGAGAGGCUACUACGUGAUCGUGAUGGAAGGAGACCAUUGGGUAGGCUACAGCGAGGUAAUGAAAUAUGACAGUGCAAACGAUGGGCCGGUGCUACGUGCCUACCGGAUGCAGGAUCUUACCAAAGAAGACGCACAGAAACUGGCAAAACAAUUGGCGAAAAACAUGUUAUUCGCGGUCCUGCUGAGUACCCCUGUAAGACAAUAAGGACAUUAAGUAUAUCAAAGUGCGGGUUAGUUCUACGACUAGCUAGCUCUUCAUGGAGAAAUCAAAUAUGACGUCGUCGAAAUAGUAACUAUAAUAGGAUUUGUGAGACGGUGAAAACAGACGCGGUGGACACACCAAGUGCUGAGGCGGUCGCUCGAGCCUGCUUAUGUAUGUAACAUGAUCCUUGCGAGGAAUUAUUUUCGACUUCUUUUAACAUUAACCUAAUUCUGAUGCACAAUGUCUUGACGUGUGGUUCCUAGGCGUUGUAUGAUUGAUUCAAGAUCUCAAGUGCUCUGAGCUCUACAGUCAGAAUUGACAUCGUGCAUUUCGUGUUUCUGGCUUUCUGCGAUCAAAGAUGGACCUCGAAGCAAAACAAAGUUAGAAUAUAAAUGAGCGUCACAUUUUGACUUUUAGACGCCGUCCGGGUCCGCAGAGUAGCAGUUGCAAGAGGAGGCAAAGUACACGCAAAUGGUUGAAAAGACCGCAAAAUGUUGACGCAUAAUGUACUUGAUGCACAUCAAUGUCGACACUUUUUUUUGACUGAAGAUAAUGGGAAACCUUAGGCACCUUACCGAAUAGAUUCACAUCAUCAAUUAACUGAUCAAUCCGGUAAGCGUGAAGACGAAGCGACAUGUUCAAAGGAGUAACAAGUGUUAUGUUAUAGUUGUCGACUCACUGAAAAACAAAAAUUUCAUAAAGAUUGGAGAUGUGAUAU